AUGGCAGCCACAGUGGCCCCUUCAAUAGGCUCGAUCGAGGAUGUUCAAGCAAUGCUUAACGAACUGGGCAUCACGGACCCUCUGCCGACCUAUGAGGCGGCGAGCGUCACUACAAACCCAAUCGACAUCUUCCGGUCUUAUAUUGCCGAGGAAAUGCAUAAGAUCACUGGUGUCAGCAGGGACAUAGUGUAUCCGGCUUUGGAAUGGACACAGCAAAUGGAGAAGGGCGAUCUGAUCAUGGCGGUGCCUAGGUUGAGGAUCAAGGGAGAUCCCAAGGCUUUGGCAGCUGAUUGGGUUUCUAAGUUCCCAGAGAACCAGUACAUCCUUGCUCCGGAGGCUGAUAACCAAUUCAUCAAAUUCUUCUUCAAUCCUAAGACUCUCGCACGACUCACCAUCCCAAGCAUCCUCUCAAAGGCAACUAGGUAUGGUGCCAAUCACUCUGGUGCCGGAAAGAAAGCCCUCAUCGAGUUCUCUUCCGUCAAUAUUGCCAAGCCUUUCCAUGCUGGUCAUCUCAGGUCUACAAUCAUUGGUGCUUUCUUGUCGAAUCUGUACGAAUUCUGCGAUUGGGAUGUCAUCAAGAUGAACUAUCUCGGUGAUUGGGGUAAACAGUUCGGUUUACUGGCUGUCGAGUUUGAGGAAUCGGGUAGCGAGGAGAAACUGAAUGAUGAUCCUAUUCAACACUUAUUCGAGCUUUAUGUCACGGCGAAUACUAAGGCAAAGGCUGAAGAAGAGAAGAUCAAGGCUGGAGAAACCCUUGAAGGCGAGAGCAUGAACGAUAAGGCCAGGGCCUACUUCAAAAAGAUGGAGGAUGGCGAACCUAGCGCUCUUGCCCUAUGGAAGAGGUUCAGGGACCUCUCCAUCAUAAAAUGUGAAAAGGUCUAUGCCAGGUUGAACAUCAAAUUCGACAUCUACUCCGGAGAAUCCCAGGUCGGCGCCGACACAAUGGCUAAGGCCUCGCAGAUCAUGGAGGAUAAGGGAAUCUCUGAGAACUCUGAGGGUGCUAAGAUCGUCGAUUUCGUAAAGCAUGGGUACAAGAAACUCGGAAAGGCUAUUAUCCAGAAGAAGGACGGUACUACGCUUUACUUGACUCGAGAUAUCGGUGCCGCUAUGGAGCGAUACGAAAACUACAAGUUUGACACAAUGAUUUACGUUGUUUCCAGUCAACAGGAUUUGCAUUUGCAACAAUUAUUCGCAAUCUUGAAACUAAUGGGCCAGGACUUCGUCUCCAAGUGCGUACAUAUCAACUUCGGACUUGUUGCCGGUAUGAAGACCAGGUCUGGUGAGGUUGUUUUCUUGGACAGCAUCCUCGAUGAAGUCGGUGAGGCAAUGCACGAAGUCAUGAAGAAGAACGAGGAAAAAUACAAACAAGUUGAAAAUCCCGAGGAGGUUGCAGAUACCAUUGGCAAAUCCGCUAUCAUGAUUCAGGACAUGACGGGCAAGAGGAUCAAUAAUUACCCAUUCGACAUCAAGAGGAUGACAUCGUUCGAAGGUGAUACCGGUCCUUACCUACAAUACGCCCAUGCUAGGUUGUGCUCUAUCCUCAGGAAAGCCAACAUCCCAAUGCCACUUAUCCAUACCGCGGACUUGACACUUAUUACUGAGCCCCAGGCAAUUAUGUUGCUCAGGACGUUGGCUCAGUUCCCCGAUGUCAUUACUAAUACGUUGAAGACUAAUGAGCCGACAACAAUUGUCAACUAUCUCUUCAAGAUGACACAGAUCUUGAGUUCGAGUUAUGAGGUUGUUAAGGUCGUUGGUAGUGAGGAAUCUGUUGCGAGGGCUAGGAUGGCGUUGUUUGAAAGUGCUAGGACGGUAUUGUCGAAUGCUAUGAAGCUGUUGGGAUUGUCACCGGUUGAAAGGAUGUAA